AUGUCAAACUUUGUUCAAGAUUUUGAAGACGAAGACGACCAAUUCCAAAGUAGCACAGUUGUCACACAAUCGUCCGUUGCCAGUCCCAAUCCUACUGAAACUGCUGCUGAUGGAUCCAGCUCCCGUUCUUUCAAUACAUCAAAAAAGAAACGAAAUCUACCGGGGAAUCCAGACCCUAAUGCAGAAGUUGUGGCAUUGUCACCAAGGACUCUCAUGGCCACUAAUAGGUAUAUUUGUGAAGUUUGCCAUAAAGGGUUCCAGAGGGACCAGAAUUUGCAGCUCCACAGGAGAGGUCACAACCUGCCAUGGAAGCUGAAGCAGAGACCAAACACGCAGAUCAAGAAACGGGUGUACGUAUGCCCUGAGCCCAACUGCGUGCAUCACGAUCCAAGCAGGGCGCUGGGCGACUUGACAGGAAUCAAGAAGCACUACUGCAGAAAGCACGGAGAGAAGAAGUGGAAGUGCGACAAGUGCUCAAAGCGUUAUGCUGUGCAGUCCGACUGGAAGGCGCAUACUAAGAUCUGUGGAACACGUGAAUAUCGUUGUGAUUGUGGCACCGUUUUCUCACGGAAGGACAGUUUCGUUACUCACAGAGCUUUCUGCGAUGCGUUAAGCGAAGAGAACUACAAAACGAACCAGAGUAUUGCAGCCAGUGGAGGAAUGAUGCAGAACCAAGCACAAGAUUUGUUUUCUAAUACGUGCACAAACACAGGCACAAACAUCCUCAUGAAUCCGUCGGCUUGCAUCCCUCAAGAUCAUUCGCUUAAGCCCUUGUCAUUGAACUCACAUGGGAUCAUGAUCCCUGGCAGUUUGGAUCCUUUUCAAAAUGCAAGAACUCUGAGUGUUAAUUCUAAGACCAUGAAUGCAGGACUAAAUAACUCCAAUCUAGCACUUAGCUCUGCUUAUACGUCGGCAACUGCAUUGUUGCAGAAAGCUGCAGAAAUGGGCUCAAAGAUGAGCGACACUUCUAUUAGUCCAAUUCUCCUAAGAGGAUUUGCAGGUUAUUCCAUGAACACUUCAGAGUCGUUUCAUGAUGGUUCUUCUAACGGAGACGAAAUGUAUACCGCUGCCAACGUUGUAUAUGCAGCAGGAAAUUUAGAAUCGAGUGAUAAAGCAAGUGGGAGAGGAGAGCAGACGACUAGUUUUGACAUUCAGCAUACGAGAUUAUACGAUCUUUCAGCAUUUAUGCAUUCAUCAGCUCAAAACUCAAAUGGAAUAUCUCAAAGACAAGUAACAGUGGGGGACGACCAGAAAAUGACUGUUGAUUUCUUAGGAGUGGAGCCUCCUGGAGCUGCUCAUUCAAGUUUUUCCAAGAAAAGAAGAUAUGAAGAUGAGAUAACUGAAUUAGGAUCGAUAAGGUCCAAUCUGCACGAUCUGCAUUCCGGAUGGUAAAUCUAGCCACUCAGGAUUUUGUGAACUCGCUUAGUUUAUUAAUUUUAUUUCACAAGUCUUUAUAAGUUACAAGAGGAAAUCUAACAAUUUUCAAUUUUUCCCAAGUAAAU